UCCCCUUGUGCGUGCAGUACAUGAGGAAAAACGAAAGAAAGAGCCACCAUAACCGUAAUCGUACUGUUACUAAUAUCCUACUCUGAUACUGACGCUACCGCACUUCCCCAAUCGCCAUGGGAGAUUCUAAACGGAUUUCCGUUCACCGCCUUCUCGGUGAAGGCUUAGUUGCCGAUGUGGUGUUGUGGAAGAAUUGGCGUGGAGCGGUUGCAUUGCUCGUUUCUUCUACCACGUUAUGGUACCUGUUCGAGCGAGCCGGUUACAAUUUCUUGUCCUUCGUCGCUAAUGUUGUGUUGCUUCUCGUCCUUAUUCUCUUCUUUUGGGCAAAAGCUGCUAACCUUCUCAAUAGACCUCUUCCUCCUCUCCCCGAUCUGGAGAUCUCGGAGGAAACUAUUGCCAGAGUUGCUGAUGCACUGCAAAUUUGGAUGAAUCGGGUGUUGUCCGUAGCACACGACAUAGCUAUUGAGAGGAAUUUGUUUCUUUGCCUACAGGUCGUUGGUGGGUUGUGGGUAAUAUCUUUCCUAGGCAGUUUGUUCAACUUCUUGACUUUGAUCUAUAUUGGUGUUCUUCUUAGCUUGUCUCUUCCUGUGUUGUAUGACAAGUACCAGGACCAAAUUGAUGACCGGCUAUGUGUGGUACAUGGGAUUAUUCAUAAACAGCAUCAAAAAAUUCGUAGUAUUGUUUUAAGCAAGAUUCCAAAACUCUCAAGCAAAGAAAAGAAGGUUCAGUAAGAACACGUUCAGGGAGCAAAUGGAUAAGUGAAGUCUAGUUAGGAGUGUGCAAUGAAGUGCUUGUGGUUUUCUUUUUUGCUGGGAUGCUAUUGCUCCGUUGAUUGAUGGUUUGACGGUAUGUUAAUUCUUCAGAAUCAGGAUUGACCAAUAGCUUUGACGUAGGUGCUUAUUCUCUUCUGAUUUUCUAUCUAUCAUCCCUUGGAAGAUACUUUAUAUGAACUUUUAUCAAUGGGUAUAUUACCCUUGUUAAAUUUCACUUUGGACAAGUUUAUCAGAGAGCAGAAAAAAUAGAAAAGAAAAGACCUGACAUGGUUUUUGGCGACGAAAAAUAUUUUUGGUUGGGUUGGUUAUAUGAUGUACUGCUGAAAUGUUGAAUUACCACUACGUGUACUGUGAUAAUCUUUUCUACUUAAUUAGGAAUACAACACUGGAAAUAAUAUUGGUAACAAAAUGUCUUGGCACUGCAUCGUCGUUAUCCCUAGCCUCAGGUUGGCUUAUGCUUGCUGCUAAUGUGAUCGCUGAUUUAUAUUGUUUAUAUAGACUACAUUUGAGUCCA